AUUAAUUAAUUAUAAUUAAUUAAUAAUCUUUUAUCGUACGUACCUACAUCUGGCAACAUUGACUAGUUGACGUGUUAUCUAAGUUAUUUAAACAACAUACCUAUAAUUAAUCGUAAAAAUAUCACUUAAUAAUAUAAUUCCUAACCUAAAAGAUGUCUUUGAAGUGGGGUAUAGCCGGUUCGGGGAAAAUAUCUAGCGAUUUUGUGACAGCUUCGCAAUCUCUACCAAAAGAGCACCAUGAAGUUGUGGCUGUGGCAGCUAGAAGCCAGUCCAGUGCCGAUAGCUUCGCAAAGAAGUUUAACCUGAAAAAAUCUUACGAAGGUUACGCCCAAUUGGCGAAGGAUGAAGAAGUUGAGGUGGUAUACAUCGGGGUUCUGAACCCGCAACAUUACGAGGUGGCCAAGUUGAUGUUGGAGAGCGGAAAACACGUGUUAUGCGAGAAGCCAUUCACCAUGAACCAAAAGCAAACUUCGGCACUCCUGAAGCUGGCCAAGGAGAAGAAUUUGUUCAUAAUGGAAGCGAUUUGGUCCAGAUGUUUCCCUGUAUACAAAGAACUGAGUAGAUUGUUGGAAGAAAAGACCAUAGGUGAUGUGUACUCUGUUUCCGUAGAAUUCGGCUUUCCUCUACAAGAGGUAGACCGCCUCACCCAGAAAGAAAUGGGCGGUGGUUCCAUCCUGGACCUGGGAAUAUACACACUACAAUUCCAACAGUUUGUUUACAGAGGUUUAACGCCUAAUAAGGUUGUUGCAGCUGGUCAUUUAAAUAGCUUCGGUACUGAUCAGUCGUUCAACGCUAUUUUGACGUACCCUGAGGGUAAGACGGCUAUGGUGGGUGCUACCGCGAUGGUGGAGGCACCCAACGAGGGUAUUAUAGUAGGUACCAAAGGUACCAUAAGAAUUCCGGGGUUUUGGUGCCCAACCACUUUGAUUUUGAACGGUAAAGAGAUGGUUUUUCCUCUACCAGAAAAUAAAGGUACCUUUAACUUCAAUAAUAGCGUAGGUUUAUCCUAUGAAGCUGAAGAAGUCAGACAAUGCAUUAGAGGCAAGCAAAUAGAGAGUGAGUUAGUUCCACAUAGUGAAACCAUGGAGCUUUCAAAGUUAAUGGAUAACAUAAGGAAACAAUUUAAAAGCAUGGAAUUUGUGCUAGUAGUGAUAAAUUUAUUUUUCAUAUUGAUUCUACAUGUUCUUUCGUUACCUUUGACCAGUGAUGAUGUCGAUAUUUUUAGUGACAAGAUUGUAAAUAAUGUUAUAGAAGAUAGUUUCAAUAUAACCAACUCAACAAGACUUGCAAGAGUUCUUAACUUCUUCCCAGUGCCCGUAGAAGAAGAAUGUCGUGCCAACGAUGGCCGUAGAAAAGGUGUCUGUAUGAACACCUAUGAAUGUCGUAUCCAAAAUGGAAAAUCCUAUGGCCCGUGUGCACUGGGUUUUGGGGUGUGUUGUGUAUUCACUGCAACCUGCAACCAAGAAGCCUACAACAACCUCACGUACUUCGUAAACCCAGAUUUCCCAGAUUUAACCCAUCAAAUGACCUCGUGUUCUUUAAUAGUAAAAAAAAUUGACCCGGAAAUCGCCCAGUUGAGACUCGAUUUUAUCCAUUUCAACUUGGGACAACCCAACCGCAAAAACGGUGUAUGCGAGGAAGAUAUUUUCCUCAUGACAGGCGGUAAAACGAAGGAACUUAAGUUAUGUGGAUUAAACAGCGGACAACAUGCUUAUUACGAUGUAGAAGAUAUCAACGAACCCAUAACGAUAUCCAUGAAUUUGAGCAGAAGAGCUGUGUCAAGAUUAUGGGAGGUUAGGAUUACGCAGGUCCCAUUUGCUGAAAGAGCCCCAGCAGGGUGUUUGCAGUAUCACACAGGGCUUAAAGGUGUCAUACAAACUAUGAACUUCGCUGAUAACGGCCGCCAUCUCGCGGAACAAGAUUACAAUAUAUGUAUGCGUCAAGAAGAAGGUAUGUGCAGUAUAGCGUACGAGCCCUGUCAUGAAGACUCAUUCAAAAUUGACCCGAAUCGUCAAGAAGUUGAAUCUAACUUGGAUGAUGCUUUGGAAGGUUCUGGGAGUGAUGGUGUGCCUCAAAGCAGGCAAAUGGACAGUUGUGGGGAUAUGAUAAGUUUGCCGUGCGAUUCUGACGAUCUUAUAAUGCCCAUGGAUGCCGGAGGAACUCUGCCAGGCUUCUGCAAUUUGAUACACUGCGGGCCAAGUUUAUGUCCAUCCGGUCAAACACCGUGUAGAGUGGAAAGCAGUUCUACGCCGUUUACUGUAGGUGUUCAUUUUGGCCCCAGCGCCCGGGAAGCGCCCCCUGAUGAUAAUCUUGGGAUGUGUUUGGUUUAUGACCAGCUUCCAUGUAAUGUUUGAUAUAAGUAAAGUCUAGUCAUUUUAUAAUAAGGGGUGAUUAAUAAAUUUUUAAGGCAA